GGUUCAGGCAGGCAGUUGUGUUACAUUAGACCAGAUGAGUUAUUGAUCCCCAUCUUGCACUCUGCUGCUGCAGAAAGGCCGGAAGCCUCCAGGGAGUGUGCUGUAUAUGUGAGAGCUUUGUCCUUUCUUUGUCCUCACAUCCUUUCUCCUCCUCUUCAUCAUUUUCAUUCACUCUUCUUUCACCUCCACAUACCUCCUCCGAUCUACUCCCCCUAUUUAUCCCCCCCAUCAUUCAGUCACCCUCUUUCCCGUCCGAUGCCUCCCUCCCCUCCUCUCUUUUUCUGUGCAUCCCUCUAUCUCCUCUCUCUCUUCCCAUAUGUUUAGCUUGUCUCUUUUCGUGCCCUGAAUGAGGCGUCUGCCCUGCACUAAAAGCCCUGGGAAUGAGUGGGGCUCGCAGAAUGCAAGAGUUGAAAUACUUCAGGGAUGGAGCUACGUUGGUGAUAUCAUUAGAUGGUUUAGAUUGGAUUUCUAAAAGGAGGUGCAGUGACAAAGGAAUCAAGAAAAGGAAUGAAGAGACCCAGCUGUUGAUAUCAGCUGGUGAGAUGAUCCAGGCUGAUGAAGAGCUGCCGGCCAUCACCUGCAUCUUUAAUCAAAGAGGAAGUGCAGCAUCUCAGUUAUGGAGAAACCGUGACUGCAGAUCAAAUGUGGUGCCGCAACAUUCACCUUUCUCCACCUCCCCUCACCUUUGUUGUCUUCCAGAGGAGCCCCAUCGUUCAACACUCACUUCUUUAGCUUCUUCCGUCUCAGAGCGCCGAAAGAAGGCCCCACGGACUAGACUUGUUUUAAAUAUGCACAACUUAUUUAGUUUAAUCAAAAACAAUCCAAACAUUGUGACCCAGCAGGACAGUGUUACAAUGGAUCGCCAUGAUAGGUUCAUCAUUUUCUGUGAUGAGGACAUACCGCUGCAACGUUUUGAUGAAAUUUGCUACACUGAGGAUUGUAGGACAUCUAUGGGGGAUACUGGCUGGCACAUCAGUGAUAACAAUGUGUUUAGUGCUGCACCCAGUCCAAACACCAACAACUCUAACAGGAAUCAACAUGCACUUGUUAUCAGAGACAAUUUUAACAACCUUAAAAGUCGUCUGAAAUCGGGUCAUAUCCACACUGCAGGAGAGUUGUCUGGGAGCGACACGAAUGUAAAAAAGAGGAAGAGUGUGUCCUUCGAGGAUGACGUCAUGGUCUACCUGUUUGAUCAGGAGAGUCCCACCUUGGAGCUGCACUCUGAGGCCUACACAUCUCUGCCAGACAUCACAUUAGAAGACAGUGGCUUGGAGUGGGAAGAUGACUUUUCAGCUUUGGAGAAGAACUGCCAUUUUCAGUGUGUCAGACACUCUCAGCAGCACACCGUGUCCCCGCCGACACAGAGCAGCUCUUCUCUGCCCCAACGUUUCUUUCUGUCCCAAACCUGCCUGUUCCUCACCCAUGUCACAGAGUCAGACCUUGAGCUGUGAGAUAAGCAGUUAUUUACACACACAUACACACACACUGAGUCGUAGGUGCUGAUGUUUAUGACACGUGGUGGUCAAAUGCAGCCUUUCCAUCCCAUCGUCUGCAGUCAACCAAAGGCCACCUCACUGUCGCCGUGGCCCACUGUGACAUCCACACUUGUUUUUCUCUCAGGCAGUCGGCCUUCGCCUCAUGGAAAAACUGACUAAUCGUCCGGAUCUCAUCCUCUUCACCUCUAACUCAUCUCCCCACCUCCCUCCUCUUUUUAUGAUGAGUCACGGAUUUUAAUGGCUUUUCUCUCUCUCUCUCUCUCUCUCUCUCUCUCUCUCUCUCUCUCUGCUCCAAAUGGAUUCUAAGCACCUGCCGUUCAUGACAUCACAGCCACGCAGGACUGUGUGACAGUGCAUUCAGCUUUCACAGUUGUUGGUAUGAAAAGACCACAGGCUAUGAUGAGUUGCAUAACAGUGUUGGUACCAUUCCAGAUGCAAAACCUCUUUGGAAGCUACUCUUCAUGCCAGGUUGUGUCCUUGGACCUGAGCUGUGACAUGGAAACAUGAUGUU